UGAAUAUCAUUCAGCUAGCAACCACCAAGAAUGAUUAAAGCACUUCAGCUUUCGAUAUUGAUCUGGGCCUGUUUUGUGUCAGGGAUUUGGAGUAUGAAAUCUCCGAUCAAACAGAAGACUGCCGCAGACGAGGAUCUGUUUCCGGUGUACGAGUGUGACACACGCAGCCGUGACUGGACGCUGCGGUGCUUGGUGCCCCUGACCAAUUUUCAGUUAUCGUUGGAUCUUUGCCGCACGAACGAGAAACCCGACAAAGCACACGUGCAUCGUUGCGCCCAAGAACUGAAAGCUCUUGGCAAAUCCUGUCCACAAACUGCCAGUGUGGCUGACAUGGCCAACAACAUGAUGCUGCACAGUCCACCGCCGCCUCUGCCAGACUCACCGAACGCACCAAAAGUUCUAAAAAAGGCCAGGAAGCAAACGAAGGGCUAUGAAAAAGAUAAGUUAUCACUGUGACCAGCAAAUGUGCACGAAUCGUGUGUUUCUACAGAAGUAUAGAAAU